AACACUAUAUACCAAUUCAAAUGAACCUGAAAACUCAAUCCACAAUGUUUCUUCCAAAACCACCUCUUAUUAUUUUGUUUUUAAUCCUUAACAUCCUCGUUUCAAACUCUAUUAAUGCACUCACACCCCCAAAACAAAAAACUCGAACACAAAGCAAUGUCAUCACUCAGUUCUUAACUAUUCAAAACAAGGCUCGAGCCGCCCUCCGAAUGCCGCCACUAGUGUGGGACGCGGGGCUUGCAAGGUACGCCGACUUGUACUCUAGGCAGAGGCGACAAGAUUGCUUGUUAAAGCAUUCAAACGGGCCGUUUGGAGAAAAUAUAUUUUGGGGUAGCGGUUAUGGGUGGACACCGGCUCAAGCGGCAAUGGCAUGGGUAGGGGAGCAAAGGUGGUAUAGGUAUGGUUCGAAUUCUUGCAGUGGAGGAAGGGAGUGUGGACAUUAUACACAAAUUGUGUGGAGAAAGACCAAGAGGAUUGGGUGUGCUAGAGUUACUUGCUUUGGGGGUAGAGGUGUUUUCAUGACAUGUAAUUAUUUUCCACCUGGUAAUUAUAUAGGUGAAAAACCUUAUUGAGUUUUUAUUGUAUUUUUGGUAGACAGCAUACCAAUAAAUUAAAAUGUGUAACUCUUUUGGUAAGUAUUCAAAUAUUUUGGAUUACCAUAUAGAUAUUUUAAGGUAUCUAUUAAAUAAUAAGAUCCACUCAUUGUAGCAUU